CCCCCCCUCCUUUAUUAUCCCUAGACUUUUUUUCACCACCAAACGUUCUUUAAUUAUUUAUUUAUUUAUUUUCAUAUCAUAUCAUACCAUUUAAUAUCCUUUCAUCUCAUACUACAUUAUACUCGACUCAAUUCAAUUCAAUUCAAUUCAAUUUAAUUAAUAUAUUUGAAAACAAAAAAGAAAUUUCUUUACUCUCAAACACAAAACAGACAAACAGACAGCCAAAUAAAUUAUGCCAAUAUUAGCAAUGGAUUCCAAACCAGCAAAACCUGAACAUAAUCUCGGUGGCAACAAAAAGACUCAUGUCAAGCCCUCAUUACGCUCCAUUGCCCGCAUCGGCUCUUCUUUUACGAAUCUCGUCAACCUGGCCGAGACCGAAAAGUCAAGCUUAGAAAGCCUUAAAGAAGAAGACGUCAAGAAAAAGGAGAUGUUUGACUCGAUUGUCCAGGUCCGGCGUGCGUUUGACCUCUUUCUUGACUCCCGUAUCUCGGAAGCCGAAACCAUCCUGACCCCACACUGCGAAACUUCGAUGUACCAUUCGCUCGGAUACGGAUUCAUCCUGUUUCUCAAGUGCAUGAUGACCUUUGAAAAGGACGAUAUCAACACCACUCUCCAGGUCCUCAAGAAAACCAUUAAUCUGGCCAGUCGAGAACGCAAAAAGGAUGCCGGCUGGUUGGAUAACAUCACCACAUGGGUCAAGGCAAAUGGAGGACUAGAGUACACAAAGUCAUUGACCUGUACUCAACGCCACGCCGAGCUGGUCUAUGCAGAGGCAUACCUCUUGAAAGCUCUGUUGGGAAUUGUCUAUGACGAGAGCAUGGUAUCGUUUUUGCGGGAGGGAUUAAACAUCAGGUCAAGUUACAACACCUACUGCACUUUAGAAAAGUACGUCUUGUUUGUCCAGCAAGAGGCGGCCAAGGGAAAAGACGUUUCGGCUGGUUACGAGCUCGAUGACCAUUUUACGUCUGGGGUUGCACUGGGCGUCGGCUGUUUCAACCUGAUUUUGUCAAUGAUGCCUCCAUCGGUUGUCAAGCUGGCCGAGUUUGUUGGCUUUUCAUUCAACCGUGCGCACGGUAUGGCCAUGCUAGAUUCAGACGAAGGAUUACGACGCCAGCUGUGCGAUAUGGUGAUAAUUUUGUACCACAUCGUGCUCUCGCGGAUGAUGCCCCUCGAAAAUGUGGACGUCAAUCUGGCCGAGCGUGUGUUGGCCUACAAUCUCGAGAUCUACCCAAAUGCGGUCUUCUUUCUGUAUUUCAAUGGCCGGCUGCUGAUGAGCAAGCAGAGACUGGAGGAUGCCAAGGUGCAGUACCACAAGGCAAUCGACAUCCAAAAGGACUGGAGACAGUUGCAGCACAUGUGUUAUUGGGAGCUUGGUGUGAUUGCGUUUAUUCAGCAAGACUGGAGUGUGGCACACAAGAUGUUUGAUAUCCUUUCCAAAGAGAGCAACUGGUCCAAGGCAGCCUACAGCUACCUCAAGGCAGUUGCGUUUUAUAUGCUGACCGAAGAGGAGAACAAAAAGGAUUCUAAAGGUCUAGGAGAUGUCAAGAAGUUGAUGAAGAAGGUUGAUGGUGAAAGAAAGAAGAUUGCUGGAAAAUCAAUUCCCAUGGAGAAAUUCGUGUCACGCAAAUCACGAAAAUUCGGUUUGCAGAAUAAGCUUGUGCUGCCAGACCUGGAGAUCCUUCAUGCCUUUUCAGCAUUUGAUUUUAUGCCGAUAGAAUUGCUCAAGAUCGAUCUUAAAAGGACACAAGAUGCGCUGGACAAGCUCGAGACUUCGGAGCAAUACUAUCAUGAUGAUCUGUGCCUGGUGUAUUACCUCCGUGCCGUGAUCUUGCGUAACAUUGACCAACGACUGGAAUCUGACGUAUCAAAUGAGGGCGAGAAUGAAAGGGUUCGGGUUAGAGCCGACCAUGCCAGAUCGAUCAAGACCGUGUUCGAGAAUGCCGAGAAGGUCAAGCUGGACCACUAUGUUUAUUACUUUGCACAUUAUGAAAAGGCGCAGAUGCUGAUGGAGGAGAACUCGUUAAAGGAGGCCGAGGCUGAGAUCCAGGUUGUCUUGAAAGCCAAUGACAAGGGACAGUAUGGAGUUGGAAGUGGACAGCAUGCAAAGAGCAAGUAUAGUUUGGCCAAUGCUCUUGGAUUCAAGUGUCACAACUGCCUAUCAAAGAUCCAGGCGCUGGCGUCAGAACAGGAAAAGGGGCAGGGGAAAUAAGAUUAUUAUUUUUUGGCUAUUUGUAAUUCAAAAGAAAGAAACAAAAAGAAAUAGUGUAUAUAUAAACCAAACAAACAGAUAAAUAAAUAAAAAUAUAUAUUUGUAUAUAUUUAUACAU